AUGACCAAACCAGUGGAGAAUGAGUCAAGCUAUGCUACACCUAGGAAAAGUAAGAAAGAUGUGAGGUUUUCUAAUCACUUUGAGGUUUUACCCUCUCCAGUCAAUUCAAAUCCAGCGAAAGGGACUGUGGAGGGAAAUAAUCUAGUUAGAGGAAAGCGGUUCAUGCUUGCAGAGGACGAGAUCAUCAAAGCUGCUGUUAACGACUAUAUACUGAGUCACGACUUAGGUGACGAAGGCCUGGACAUGGUCCUCAACUGUAGAAAGCACCCCGAGGUGAGGGGCUGUUGGAAAGAGAUCGAGUCUUCCAUACCACACAGACCCACCUUUUCCGUCUACAGGCGUACGCAGAUUCUAUUCCGCAGGUCUCCUAAUAGGAAAUGGACUGAGGAAGAGUAUGAGGAGGUCCUUAAGUUCUAUGAGGAGCACGACAGGAUAAAAUUAGUCAACCGCAAGAAAGGGCACUGGUCUCAGGACGAGUACCAGAAACUGUUUGACCUCGUGAACAUUGACCUGCAGGCGAAGCUUGGGGAAGAGAAGAAGUCCCAGUACGGGAUGCUGCGUGGCAAUAUCUUCUGGACAUCAAUUAGUGAUAAGCUGUCAACCCGUACUUGGGAAUUUUGCUGUAAGAAGUGGUACAAGAAGCUGACCUCGUCCAUGGUGGCCCAGGGCGUGGGGGCCAACUCAGACGACUACCGCCUAAUUAGUGGGCUUUAUAGCCUAGACGCGACAUGCGUGGAAGAUGUGGACUGGGAUGGUGUUGUUGAGGGCAGGGAUGGGAAAGUGUUCCGAAAGCGUUGGAAUCGGAUGGCUUUACAUUUGGGGCGGAAUGGGCAUAAGCCGUUUGCCAAGCAGGUGGAAAUCUCGACGCGGAGAUACUGCCCUCAUCUUCUGGAGGCGAGAGAGGCUUGGGACAGUAAACCAAGAGUUCCAUGA